AAAAAUCAACUGACAGUUUUAAAAUAACAAAACAGCAGUCCUAACCUAAAUUAUCAAUUGUGAACUUGAAAAUAUAUUUAAAUGUUUUCUUUAAAAUUGCACUGUGUUUGUGUUUAUUAAUUAUGACACAACGUUUUCCAAGAGGUUCAAAUUAUGUACAAGAUGGAGCUGUUUGUGAAAAAUAUAUGGCCAGAUUUCUAAACCGGGAGAAACAAGCCGCAGCUGCUAUAUCAUCACUAACAAGAGGUAGAGAAAAAACAAAUCCUCAUAGUCAAAAUCAACUAAUUAAAAACCGGCCUAACGUAAAACAACAAAAUUUACCAUCUCCAUUUAAACGAAGAAGUCCAUCUCAAAACGCAGUACAACAUUCAGACGAUUCAGCUUUAGUCGAACUUACGGUAAAGGCAAUGAAUAAUCAUAGACAAAGAUCGCGAUCUACUACACUAGAUAGAGAGCCGUGGGGACAGUUGUUAAAGCAACACAAAAGUGGUGAUAAAAUAUCUAUGUUUGGAAACUUUGACCCUCUUCGUACUUUACAUUUUCUUGCCAAAGAGCUACAAUUUCAACUUCAAAGUGUGUUACCAGAUGACACCACAAUUCAGCAAAUGGUUGCAGAUAUGCAAUAUGCUCUGAAAAGAGUACCUCCUGAAGUUGCAUCAACAGUACAUUUACAGCAAACUAUUGAUAUAAUGCCAAGAAAGAGUAAUUCGAGAACAAGUAUUCAGAAACCGGAAAGACUUCAUAUAUCUACUGUUGACUGUGCUGUUCAAACUAUUCCUUUAAAAUCUUUGGAAGACAACGAUAAAUUACAACAAAUGAUGGAAGAAGGUACAUUAAAGCUAGAAAAUAGUUGCAAGCAUAUGGAAAAGUUUUGCACAGAAUUAAAAAAUGAGAAACAUAAAUUAGAAAGGGAAUUAGAGGAAGAGAGGCAUAACAAUAAGAUUUUGAAUAAGAGAAUUUUGGAUUUGGAAUUAGAAAAUAAUGAAGUUUUGACUCCACGAGUAAAAUCUCUCGAAGACGAAAAGCGCAAGCUUGAAACUCAACUUAAAAACAUCGCGAACAAAUUAGAAAAUGUAUCUCAACAUUCUUUCAACGAUCUCAAGUCUCAAAUUACGGAAUUAAAAAGUCAAAAGAAUGCCCUCGAUCAAGAAUGCAACAAUUUGAAACAUCAAAUGAAAGUGUGUGCAUUAGAAAGAGAAAAAUUCAUCGCCGUGUUAGCUUUAAGGGAUGCUCAAAUAAAUGAGAUACGCUCGGAAAUGAGUCAAUUGCAGGACGUAGUUAAUGAUCAAUUGAUGGAACUGCAAACUAAUGCCUUCUUGGUUGUACCUACAAUAGGAAAUAAUAAUGAAGCGACGAAUCUAGAAAAAUUAGAAUUAUCAGAAAAAAAUAAUCAACUUGGCGGCGAUGGUACCACUUCUCCUACCGAAGAACAAGGUUAUUAUACACCCAAGCAGAACCUCUCUUUCAAAGAUUUGCAGUCUGGUGAUAUUGAAAUUUCAAGUAAUUUGACAAACGAUCCAGAAAAACCAAAAUAUAAGGCCAGCAAGGGGGCAAGCUUAAAUAAUCAUAUGGAAAAAGUGGAUUCUCAAGUUAACAUAAGAAUGAUGUUCAAUGCACUAAAGAAGACUGCCUAUGAGGUAGCUGGUGAUUUGGAAGUACCUAACCAGAACACUUGAAACUACAAUCCUCAAACAUACCUGUGAUAAUCCUGUUUCAGUACAUAUAUAAAUUAGUUAUUAUUGUUAUUUGAAAUUAUACUACCGACUUUAAAAAUAUACAAUAUCGAAUUUUUUAUCUCUUAUUCUAGAGGAUGUUUGGUAAGAGUAUGAUAAGCCACCCCAAGACGAUCAUCAUGAAACUCUAUACAUAGUUUAUGUCUGUAUUUUGUUAUGAGGAGAGCCAAUAAAUAUAAAAUAGAUAUUUGAAAAUUA